AGCGCCCAUUAAAAGAAGAGGGAAGGACCCAUCUCCCUUUCCUCACCUUUCUCAACCACUCCACCUAUUGCUUUUAUUAUCAGAAAGGGAACUAAAUACAAAGAGGAAAAAAAAAAUGUAGAACAAGAAGAGAGGGUCCAUGGAAGGUUGCUUCUUUGAAGGCUUAGUCUUAAUUGGUGGGUAAAUCAAGUCUGUGCUCCUUUAAUUUCAGUAGCUGGAUUUUGCUGAUUUUCUGUCAAUUAGUUGGUUUUAAGCAGACAGAUAGAUAUAAUUACAGAGUGCAAGUUUAGUUUCAUUCAUGGACUGAAGAGGGUAUUCAGUUUUAACAUUAGAGUGCUUCAUUGGGUUUGCAUGGAUGGAAGGGGAAGAUUGGGUACAAGAAUUUGGGAGUUCUCCAAUCAUACGGGACAUGCAGAGUCAGUUUUAAAGCCAGUUUCUGGUCUUUCAGUUCCAAACAGCAUUGUUUCAGGACACCAAGAGACUUCUCUGAGAAUGAGCUCUUACAUUAACAGAGAUUCCAUAGCUGGUGAAUGCAAUUCUGGAGCAAUGGACUUUUCCUGGAUUCCACAGAGAAGUUUCCUGUCUCAGACAAAAAAUAUGAAUUCUUCUCAUGCAACUCCAGUUAAUUCAGAAAUGAUCGAUGCGCAAGGCGUGCCAGUUGCUGCAGAAGGUGCAAUGCAAGAAGGUGUGCUUGAAGCUAAGCCACUGAAAGUCAGAAAAAAGCAUCCUUCCACUAGGAAAAAUAAUCACACUGCCACUAAACUUUUGAGGCAAAAGGAACCAAAGAAACAGCCAUCGGUACCAGCAGAGAAGAAAGGAAAUUCCACGUCCAAGGGGAAACGUGAGAAGAAGACUCAAGAUAUUAUUGUAGAUGGAACAAUGGUAGAUUUUUCGAAUGUUCCAGUGCCUGUAUGCUCAUGCACUGGUGUGCCUCACCAGUGUUAUAGAUGGGGAGCUGGUGGGUGGCAAUCAUCCUGCUGUACCAUGAGCAUAUCAGAAUAUCCUCUUCCGAUGAGUCCUUCCAGGCCUGGUGCACGCCUCGCAGGAAGGAAAAUGAGCAUUGGUGCAUACAGAAAGCUUCUACACAGACUUGCUGCUGAAGGCCAUGAUCUUUCUUAUGCAGUUGAUUUGAAGGAUCACUGGGCAAGACAUGGCACUAAUAAGUUUGUCACAAUCAAGUAGCGACAAAGGGGUAGCAAAACCAACAUCCUCUUUCUAGCCUCUUUAUGUUUUGCCUUUGAACGUGAUUUUCUUUUCAUAUUUGAAGUACUUGUGGGAAAAUAUGUGGAGGAUGAUAUGCAAUCUAGAUCGAAACAACUCCCUAGUUCUGGCCGAACAUUUUAAUGUACCAUAGGCAACUUUGAGCCUUUCAUGCAGAUGACUUUUUUUCUAAUCGUGCCUAUAUGAGCAUCAUUAUGCUAUGCUUAGUGAAUGCAUGGAGCCUUAUGCUUUCUUGUAUUA